AUGGGUAUCCGGCAUAUGCUCAUCGCCGCGCUCGCGGCUGUGGCACCUAUCGUCCAGGGAGCUCAGAUCUUCAGCAAUCACGGUACCCUCAGCGGCUGGGAUGGCCAACAGACCGAAAACAAGGGCAAGAUCUCCGAAGUAACCAACUUGGUCUACGAGGGAGGCACCGCUCUCAAGUUCGAGCAGACAUACGACUCGUCAUACUCUGGCCGCUACCAUGCUGAAGUGCGGACUCUCAACGGGUACGCCCGGGGUGAGACGCGCUUCUAUGGCUUCGUGUUCCGCCUACAGGGCGACUGGCAGUCAAGUCCCGCGCAGUCCUACAACAUUGCCCAGUUCAUCGGCAACUUUGGCUCCAGCAGCUGCGAUGAGUGGUCGCCCACCAGCAUGAUCUGGGUCAAGGGAAACCGCCUCAUGACCAGAGUCAAGAGUGGCACGCUCUGCUCUCCCCAGACCACUUCUUUCGACACCGGCAUUGACGUCACCGGCGGCGUCUGGCACAAGAUUGUGAUGCAGGUCAAGUGGAGGAGCGAUAGCACCGGCUACUUCAAGCUCUGGUAUGAUGGUACCAAGGUCGUCGAGCAGCGCGACAUCAAGACGACUCUCGACACCGACGUGAGGUUCCAGUUCCGUGUCGGUCUCUACGCCAAUGCUUGGUACGAUUCCGGCUAUGCUGGCACUCAGCCCUUCCGUCAAGUUUGGUUUGAUGAGAUUGCCAUCGGCGACACUUUUGCGGAUGCGGAUCCCGAUCAAUGGUAA